AUGGCAUCCCGAUACUCGCUCAGCGCCGAGCUACCCGCGACGCGCAAGUCGCUUCAGCGAAACAGACACACUCAACUCUCUGUCCAUCGUGGCUCACAGGACGACGUUCCACCCGUGCCAGAACUGCCACAGCAACCCACUCCCGCAACGCCCGCUGACGAGAAGAAGAUCGACGUCGUACCACACGAGGCCUGGGCUGGACCCGCCGCGGCGUCGGCUCCUGCUACCGUCAAGGACCAAGACACCGUACGAAGAGACCUCUCCCUUCGACCCGGUGCCACUCGUGCGGCGAGCGACAAGAAGGCUGAGAUCCCAACUUCAGCCGUUCCCUCCGAAGCCAUCUACGACGAUCGUGGCUACCUCACCCUCAAACCAGCCGACACGUUCGGUCUGACCAUCACCGCCUUCUCGCAGGACAAGAGCAACGAUGAAGGUCGACCCCGUUCUCGCCGAGUAGCCUACCUCGAGGGCCUCCGUGGCAUCCUCGGAUUGCAAGUGCUCAUCUGGACGUUCUUCCGCAUCUUUGCACCGGCCAUUGUCGCCGAUCGCGAUCUAGACGGUGUCUACCCUGCCACCUUCCUCGAGCGUGCGCCUGCCUGGCAGACGGUGCUGCGCAAGGUCCUCUCGCCCUUGCUCUUCGACGGCGAGCUCCAAGCCGCCUUCUUCAUCCUCCUCUCGGGUCGUACGAACAUGCAAACCUUCAUCGAGCGUCGCCAAGCCCUCUCGCUCGCAGGAACCGCUUUCAAGCGUCCUUUCCGCUUCAUCCCUCCCAUGGCGGCCACCCUCGCGCUCGUCUCCCUGGUCAUCUUCGUAAAUGGCUUCCGCUACGCACCCGACCUGGCCAACGCGCUGAACAACCAGCUCGCCCAACCCCCGCGUCAAUGGUUCAGCCCACUCGAGUACUUUAUCUCGCUGCUCUUCUUCUUCAGCACGCCUUUUUACUUUAAGACCAACCGAGCGGUUUCGUUCAUCCCUCCCGCGGGGACGUUGUGGAUCAUCCCGGUGAUUUUUCAACAAACCUACGUGCUCAUCGUCCUCGCAUUCACCCUGCCCUAUACGGUGAUGAGGUACAAGAACAUGGGAUUCAUCCUGCUCAUCCUCACCACGGCUUGGGUGGGCAGGUUCAGCUGGUACACCCUCACCGGUCUCAUUGUUGCCGAAUGGAGCGUUGUCUAUCUCCAACUUCUCCCACGUUCGACGCGAGGGUUGAAGAUCCCGCUCAAUGCGCAGGGAAGUCGAUUCAUGCCUGCGUGGCUUCCUGGCGUCUUGUUGUUGGGCGUCGGGGUGAUGUUCAAGUACCUCUGGAUCUCCGCUUUCCCGUCUAUGGCAUGGAACGAGUACAUCGCCCAUGUGGACGGUAACACGGGCAAACUCAACUACGGUCUCAACCCGGCAGAAAACGCCUAUCCUCGAUACGACAACUGGUUGGUCGCCACCGGCGCGCUGUGGCUCAUCGAAAUCAGCCCCCUUGCGCAAAAGGUGCUCUCCAACAGAGUGUUCGUGUACACCGGUCGUUGGGCGUUCAGCAUCGCGCUGAUUUCAGGAACAGUCAUGCUGAGUCUAGGUAGUCUCCUUUGGCACUACCUGACCGUCCAGCAAGGCUGGAACAACGAUGCCGGCGUGCUGGCAGUGCUGUUCGUCACAGUGGUACCGGCGAGUUUGGUGGUGGUAGAGGCGUAUGCGAGAGUCAUGGAUGAUGGCGCGCUUUGGGCUGCUGGUUGGCUGUGGAAGUGGAUCCGCGUGUAG